AUGUCCUCUUCAUCCUCUUCAUCGGUUGCCUCCACGGCCACCACCAAACAACCCCAAGCCAAACAAGUGUUGGCCAUUGUAGAAAAGAUCGGAUUGAAAAUUGGAGUGGUGAAUGGAGGAAAGAGUCUAGAGAACAUGUUAGAUACUCAUUUACCACAACUGCUAAUGUUAUUGGCUUUUCCUGAUACGAGUGUUCGGACCAAAGUGAUUGAAGUAUUGAGUAAUACUGUGAAUAAGAGAGUAAAACUAGAAACAUCUAUUAAAUUACCGUUCGGAAAAAUUUUGGAAUUAUUUCAAAAGGAAUUAUCCAAUGCGUUCAUCAAGAACUUUGCAGUCAUGUAUUUGGAUAUGGGCUUUCCUCAAUUAAACUCAUCAGAGAUCAAUGAAUAUUUGCCAUCCUUCUUCCAGGCUCUGCCUUUACUUGCGUCAAAUGCAUCCGGAGGUGAUACUUCUCUCUCUAAUCGCCAACAUCAAUCCAUGUUUUUGAGAUUUAUUUUGGAAUCUUUGGCUCAUGUUUCAUAUCCUGACAAAGAAGAGGAUGCUCUCGAGAAGUUUCAAGAUAUUCGAAAUAAUGAGAAUGGUGCUUUGGAUAUCUUCUUAGAAUUUGCAACAGAUUUCAUGUUGUUUAAGCCGUCACAAAAAUCACAAGGCACUCUUCAAUCAGUCAUACCCAAUGGAUUGAAUAUGAUGAAAAUUAAGAGAAUACUUGGAAGUAAGGAAAACAUGGACGCUCAAGAAGUUCAAACUAAGAAAAUGCAGCUCAUUGACUUUGUCACAAAAAGUACAUGCUUUUCAGAGAACCAACAAUUUUUAAUUUUAUUGAUUGGAAUGUCACAACAAGAGUCAACCGAUCAUCUCGGAUCAAGGUGUGACGUCCUACUGAAGAAAUUGAAUCCUGAUUUUGAAGAACCAACACUCAUUGACAAAUUUUUUUCACUUUAUCUAGGCGAUUCUUCGAAUGGUAUUUCACAAGCUUCUCUCCCACUCAAAUACAAGAUUUUGACCUAUUUAUGUAAAUCAACCUUGGCAGCCAACCACUUCCCUGAAACGCAUCUCGUUCUUAUGGACUCAUUAUUUAAUGAAUAUGCCUCGAUGAAAUUGCGUGGUUUUGGUAUGCAAUUUUUCAUGUGGAUUAUUCAGGAAGGUACUACAAUAGAACCCAAAUAUGCCUCUGAAGUUUUCAGCUCCAUUCUUUCCAAUGUAAAUAGACUGUCCUCAUCGGGAUCCAACACUACUGCCCUCUCCUUGAAUGAGAUCACUAUUCUCAAGGAAAACAUGUAUACUGCACUUGGUUCAUUCACAAGAAAAUUUCCAAAUUUUGUUUUGGAUCGUUUUGAUUUAGUGGAACGAUUUUUUGAUGCUCUUGCUUUUGAAGAUUCAAAUGUUCGUGUUGCCGUUUUGCAAGGGCUAAGUCAUUUAACCCAUGCUUUCAAAGUUUUGUUCAUGAAUAGGCCUGAGAAUGAAAUUGCCGAUUUGAAAAAGCAUUUUGAAAAGUUAUUUUAUGAAUGGAUUGUUGAACGUAACACUGGCCUUACAGAUCUAUUGAACGGUGGUACAUCGCAAUAUCAGAAAAUGACACCUUCUGCUCGAACUGCUGUGACUUCUGCUGUUUUGAGGUGUGCCAAUAACUUGUUCCCGUUCGAUCAUGUUAUUACAAGAUUUUUAUGUUUAUUUUGUACUGCUGGUGGAUUUGGAUCAACAGCAUCUUCCUCUGACAAUCAGAGCCAUCAAAUCAGAGAGGAAUGUAGCAAAGGCACUGAUAUUGAAAAAUUCACCAAGUUCCGACAAUUGGAUCAUUGGAUCUUACAAAAGAAAACGAGUGAGGAGGUCAGAAAGAAUUCUACCAGUGCUGACAUGGAUGUCGACACGAAUUCUGAAAAAUCUGUCGAAGAAGAAGAAGAACGCAACGCAUUACCCUUGUUCAAAACUGUACAUUUCACAUACCCCUCUUUCAAAUCGAUGGUUACCUUUAUUUAUGACUUCAUGGCCAAGUUUGACGUAUCCAUCACUAAGAGUACAAGUAUGCCAGCCUUAAAUAAGAUUGUCACACCAUCAGCUCACUCAGCCAUGAUCAAAUUCUGUUUUGAGUGUUUGAAAGAAGAGUCCAAGCAACAAGAAAUUUCCAUGUUGCAGCUGAUUCAAAAUAUGUCUACUCAAUCCAACAAUAUGAAUGAUGAGAAUGAAAAAGAUGAUUUUGAGAAAUUCUUGUACAUUAUUGAAAAGUCGUUUGACGAUAAGAUAUUAUUGCAAUCCGGUUCAACCUCUAACGCUACGGAUCUUCUAUUGGAAGCCACUGAUACUUUACUCAAACUGUUACUAUUCUUGAAGGAUCGAAAAGAAUUCAUAGAACAUAUUUCUAGGAGAUUUAGUUUCCUGUUGGAAGACAGAGGUCCAUUCCUAUUCGAUAUCAUGAUUGGAAAUUAUGAUGAAAUUGCAAGAGAACAAUUCUCCAAGUUUAUUGCAUUGCUGUUUAUUUUCGUUAGACAAGAUCCCAGCAAAGCUCAACAGUGUGAAAAAUUAACUGGCUUGUGGAGAGACUUUAUUCAACGUCAGCUUACUUCAUUUUCAUUGUCUGAUCACAGAGGAGAAGCCAAUGCAUUGGGAAGUAUUCUAACAGUUGCGAAUGUGAUCAGUCUGAAUUAUUGCAUGAGUCAUAACAUCGAUGAUCAAAACGAGAGAAGUCAUGUGGGGACAUAUCUAGUUGAUUCCUUCCAGCUCAUUCUUGAUAUUAUAACAACCGUUCCUCUUUCAAAUGUCAGAGAGCCGCUUCAUCAAGCCUGUUACUAUGCAUUGGGUGAAAUGGGAAAUAGCGGAGCGUUGCAACAUUAUUUACUGCAAUAUAUUAGUCAACAACAAGAGCAAACAGUUGUAAGUGAAACAACAUCUUCACCAAGCACUGCCUCUAGCGAGGAUCCAAAAAUCAAAUCCAUGAAUGAGUUAUCAUCAAUACUCGUUAAACGAAUUGAAAAGUAUGCAUCACUCGCCCGUCAAAAGAAUGCUUCCAUUACUAACGAGAAAAUUCUUGAAAAGUUGAUCACUGCAGUGGGCCGCUUAACCAUUGGAACCUUACCACAAAAAGAUCCAAAUGCAGCUCAGCACUUGGAAGCAUUCAUUUCAGCACUUUUCGAAUUGAACAAUGUGAAAUCUGCCUCAACAAAUACUGGCACUGGAGGUUCCUCGAGCAGUAGUAGCUCUAGCUCCUCUUCCUCAUCGACAACGCCACAGGUUUCUGUUGAUGAAAACAUUUCAUUCACUGUUGGAGAAGCACUUGCACUCAUGUCAGGAGGUCUAAAAUAUUGCACUCUUUCACAUUCUGAUAGUUAUUAUGAAAUUUACAAGAUGAAGCAAUCAUUCAAGUCAGAACAAGAAGAAAAUGAACACUAUGAUUCCAGAAUGAGAUAUGUUCUGACAAGAUUGGUCAGAGAAUGUGUAUUGAAUCCGAAAAAAAUUGUUCGCCAAGCAUCUAGCAUUUGGCUUCUUUCUGUGACCAAAUACAGUGGUGUAAAUAAUGAGUUCUUCAGAAAGUAUAUCAAAGAGGUUCAAAAAGCAUUCUCACUACUUGUGACAGAAAAUAAUGAAGUGACAUCUGAAGUUGCUGGAAGAGGUCUUGGUUACGUGUAUGAAAUGGCUGAACCUUCAGAUCGAAAGGCACUGGUCUCUUCUCUUAUGACCUAUCUCAUUGGAAACAAAAAGCCACAAAACACAAUUCAAGACACCGAAGAACUUGUUUUAUUCCCUGCAGGUGAAGAACAUCAAAAGGGAGGAAAGAAUGCUCCUACUCUUUCAACAUACAAGGAACUUGUGGAUGCUGCUACUGAUAUUGGAAGACCAGAAAUGAUUUAUCAAUUAUUAGCUGUCUCUAACCAUAAUGCCAUUUGGAACGCAAAGAAGGCAUAUGCAUUUUCAAUUUCAUCAAUUUUAAGCAGUGUGACAGGCGAUGGUGGAAUGAGCGAUGAAGAGUUUGAAAAAGCAAUGCCUCAAUUAGUGCCAAAAUUGUAUCGUUUCUUAUUCGAUCCAAAUCCAGCAAUUAGUAGCUCCAUGAAGGAAAUGUGGAAAUCUUUGUUUGGGCAAAACCAAACAGAAUAUCAUUACCUCUAA